AUGUUACCUAAUCUGAACUGUUUCUCACUAAAAUCUUACUUUCAAUUUCAACAAUAUGAACAAAUACCAUUGCUUCUUCGUCGUAUGCCUUACCUGAAACAUUUAACUUUAUAUCUUUGUAUAAAAGAUCGAAAUAGAAUCAUCGACGGUACUUGUGUUCAAAAUGAUAUUCUUGUUCAUAUUCCACAGCUUCAUUCACUCACUUUCUAUGUUAGUAGUUAUAUUGACAUUCGUGAUUUAUCUCAUGAUUUAUCUCGUGAACAUAUCCAGCAAACGUUGAUAAAUAUCGGACAACAAAAUGCGGCUACUACCGUCAAUUAUCUUAGCAUGUACACAGCUGAAUGUUCAAUUUUUUCACUGCCUUUUGCAUUUGAUUAUCUUCCAUGUCUUGGCAAUAUAUUUCCAAAUAUUGUAUUCAAUUAUGUUACAUAUUUACUGGUGGAAGAUAAUGAUGGAUUUAAACAUGAAUUCUUCGUUCGAAUUGCCCGAUCGUUUCCAUUACUGAAGUAUUUACGUAUUUUCAAUAUCGAACCGCAGGUAUUAGCUGAUAUGAAAUUAUCAUCUGACCAUAGUCAAUCAUAUUCAAUGAUUGAAUAUCCGCAUCUUACUUCACUUGAUGUGAGCCAUGGUCAUCAAGAUUAUCUUGAACAAUUUCUAAAUGAAACAAAGGCAUAUGUACCUUGCCUAACCGAAUUGAAAGCACUUUAUCUUCGCUUGAAAAUUGUGACAAAUAACUUUACAAGAGAAGAAACACGACGCAAUUGUGCUAAGGUGAAACAAUUAAUUUUUUUUGAACAAUUGGAUAAUGUGCAAGAUUACUAUCAUUAUCUUCCUUUGUUAUAA